AAGUUUUGAAGUUUAAGGCCGACCUUCGUCUAAUACGUAGCAGGUAAUCCGAAACCACCAAUCACGCUGAGAAUUUUUCCUGCUAUCAGUCUGUUGGCAAAUUAGUCAUCGUCGAGAACGCCACCGCGUUAUCGCGGUCGCCUAACCUUUGUCGCGAUGGGCCAGCAGGUUAGCAGCCUUCCGCAGAAGAUCCUGCCGUGCGACACGGUCGACUCGCUGCAGUUCGAGAUCAAAAAGCAGGCCCAGAUCUUCUCGGAAAUCGGCAGCCUCAGCUACGAGGACUUCCAGAAGUGUCUCGCCGAUUUGAACAGCCUGUCGCGCAAAUGCCUCGACCCCAGCGGAAAGCAGCUCGUGUUCGCCGUCAAGCGCGGCACCGACAGCAGCGUCCUCUGGAAGGGCACGGUGCGCAUCGCCUGCGUCAAGAUCGACCCGUCCACCAAGAAGAUCGAGUGCUACAAGCUGCUCAACCUCAAGCAAUUCCUCCAGGUGUUCCGCACCUUCCAAACCAACCUGCACGCGAUGGUCACCGUCGAAACGCAACGCAUCCGCAGCGCCACCAACAGCCCGACCCACUCGUCGACGACCACCUCCACCGGUGGUCCCAACAGUGGCGCCUCCAGCUGUGCCGGCUCCUUCGACAAGCCCGACCUGGGCGCUAGUCCCACGUCCCAAAGCUCACCCCAACCCCCCUUCCCCCUGUUCCCACCCAACCCGACCGCAUCGAUCCUGAUGGAACACGUCAACAACAUCGCCUCGGGCGGAUCGGUCGGCGGCUCCAGCUUUUCCGACCUCUCGGGCGCCGCCGAACCGGACUGCAACGAGUGCUGCAUCUGUCUGGAGCGGAAACCGGAAGUGUCGCUGCCGUGCGCGCACAGCUACUGCACACCCUGCAUCGAGCAGUGGAACAUCCACCAGAAAAAGUGUCCCAUCUGCGACGAGGAGCUGGCCAGCACCGACGACACCUGGGUGCUGUCGGAGAUGCCGGAGGCGGAGGAAAUCAGCGAGGAGAUUUGCGCCACGCUGAUGAAGCUGUCCGUGGAUAAGUAGGCCGCGGUUUGUAGGGUCAGAUAAAACGAUCUCUAGAUCAUCCCGUUGAUGCGCUGUUUGGGAGGAAAAUUAGUUGGUAGAAAUAAGAAUUUUGACAAAGGAUGGCUGAAAAAAAAGGUCGUUUCUAAAAUUGUUGUUUGAGCACCGGAAGCUGUGAGGAUGAGUUUUAUUCUAUUGUGUGGUACUUAUGGAUUUUUAAUAGAUGAUUCCUCGCAGUUUGGGCCAGAUUGGUAGCAGCAAGCAAACAAACAUGUUAGCUGGUAAGAAUACAAACAUCUGUAAUAAAUGUUAUGACUAUUAUAUUCCAUUAAAUAUAUUACGCCUACCGUUAUGAUAUUGUAAUGUCACCUAUUAGUACAUAUAUUUGAACAUACUUUGAAAUAAAUAUUUGCCUAAAAGAAA